AUGGCAUCCAACGAAGAGUUGCUCAAAAUCAAACAAAGAAAAAAGAUAACUAAAGCUGGUCUCACACGAUUAGAAAGUUUUAUGAGAAAUAUUGAGCGCGAUACAGUCGAUCUUGACGAAGUAAAAUUAAGAUUGAAUACGUUAGAAGAAUUAUGGAAGUCUUUAAUAGAAAUACAGAUAGAGUUAUCGGUAUUAGACGAAAAUUUGACUGAUACACAAAUCGAUGAGGAGUUAGAAAGCUAUGAGGACAAAUACAUUAGAAUAAAGUUAUCAGGAGAAAAAAUAAUAAGAGAUCGCGUUAGACCAGCUGCUACAAACAAUGAUCUGGAUCAAUCAAUCGGCUUUAUNAACGAAAUACCGAGGCAAAAUAAUAGUCACAUAAGACUACCUAAAAUUGAUUUGCCCACAUUUGCGGAAGCCUAUGAAGAUUGGCAUCCAUUUUAUGAUAUAUUUAACUCCUUAAUUCAUUCUAAUGAGACUCUGAAUGACGUACAGCGUUUUCAUUACUUGAAAUCGGCAUUGAAAGGCGACGCGGCAGAAACUAUAGCGUCUUUGGAAAUAUCCAGUCUUAAUUAUGCCGAUGCUUGGUCCAGAUUAAAGGAUAGAUACGAUAACGAAAGACUUGCAGUGCAAAAUCACAUUAAAGCUAUUUUUGAUUUACCAUUAGUAAGGAAAGAGAACGGCAUAGCUAUUUGUACAGUGUUAGACGGCGUUCUGAAACACACAAGAGCGUUAAGAGCGUUAAAGCGACCUAUCUCACAGUGGGAUGAUUUAUUAGUACACAUAGUCACUAGCAAGUUGGAUUUUUACACGAUAAAGGAAUGGGAAAAUAGUUUGGACACGACGAGGAUACCCAGCUUUCAAGAGCUCACAGACUUCCUGGCACGAAGAUGUCAAACAUUAGAGGCUGUAGCUAGACGAGGUCAAUCGGUUCAAGUAGGUACUAAUACACGUCAAGCUGGUUCGUUAAAAACAACAGCAUCCCAUGCUGCUAUAACAAACGUAAAAUGUAUCCAUUGUAGCGAUAACCAUCCAAUUUAUAAGUGUAAGCAAUUUCAAAGGUUAUCCGUAAAUGAUCGAGCUAAUCAAAUUAAAUCCAAGGGUCUGUGCUUAAAUUGUUUCAAGGGGAAACAUUUCGCCAAAGAUUGCUUAAACAAGGUUUGUAAAAUAUGUGAGAAAAAGCAUAAUACGUUGUUACACGAUGAUCGCGAUACCUCGGAAAAUCAUAAGCAAGAAAUGGGAAAGCAAAUGUCAAAUCAAAGGUCCGAAACAAAAAAUCACGAGAAUGUCGUAUGUAAUCACGCUCAGACGAACGAAUUAACGAAAACAAGUCAGGUAUUAUUAUCAACAGCAGUGGUUAAGGUAAAAAACAGUGAUGGACAAACUAUCAUCGGUAGGGCACUGUUAGACAAUGGGUCCCAGUCUAAUUUUAUCACAGAAGAAUUNGCUAAAAAAUUAAAUUUAAAAUUCACAAGUAAUCAAAUAGAAAUCAAGGGAAUUAAUCAGCAUGUAACUCACGCUAUGAACUCGGUUAACUUAAGUGUGACUUCACGCUUCGAUACAUUUAAUAUGGAUAUACUAUGCAUAGUGUUACCUAAAAUUACGCAAAGCGUACCGACGUUUGAAUUCGUCAGAUCUGAUUGCAACAUUCCAAAGAAUAUCAAGUUAGCUGACCCAAAUUUCAAUUUAGCAGGUAAAAUAGAUUUACUGCUCGGGGCAGAAAGGUUUUGGGAGUUAAUUUGCGUAGGCCAAAUAAGGUUAGGAAAGAAUCAGCCGGUGUUACAAAAGUCAGUGUUAGGAUGGCUCGUAUCAGGUACUAUCAAUAUAUUCUUAAAUAAGCAAAAACAAACGAGUUGUAAUUUGAGCUUAGCUGAGGAUUUGAAUAAUACAGUGCAUAAAUUUUGGGAAGUAGAACAAUACGAAAAUUCGAAUUUUAUGACUCCUGAGGAUGAGUACUGCGAAACACAUUUUAAAAGUAGUUAUAGUCGUCAGUCAGAUGGCAAGUUUGUCGUCAAAUUACCGGUAAAGGAAGAGGUAUUAAAAGGCUUAGGUAAUUCUAAAGAAAUAGCUCAAAAAAGAUUAUACGCGUUAGAAAGAAAAUUUGCCAAUAAUUCUGCACUCAAGAGCGAAUAUGUGAAAUUUAUGAGUGAGUAUUUAACUUUAGGGCAUAUGAAACAUGCAUCAAAAUUGUCUGAUAACGAAAUACGAGUUUAUUUACCUCAUCAUGCAGUUAUAAAGGAAAGUAGUAAUACCACAAAAACUAGGGUAGUUUUUGACGCCUCCAGUAAAGGGUCCAAAGGAAAAUCGUUAAACGAUGCUUUGUAUAAAGGACCGGUGUUGCAAUCAGACCUCUUUACAAUAAUUGUUAGAUUUAGAAGUUUCAAAUAUGUAUUAUGCGCUGACAUUAAGAAAAUGUACAGACAAAUACUAAUACACAAAGACCAGCUUCCGUUACAAACUAUUUUAUGGCGUGAGAAUCCUCAUGAAGAAAUAGAGGAAUACGAAUUAAUGACAGUGACGUACGGUACAAAACCAGCAUCAUUUCUAGCAGUUAGAUGCAUACACGAAUUAGCUGCAAUCGAAAAGGUAAAUUUUCCUCUAGCUGCGAAGAUCAUAUGUAAAGAUUUUUACAUGGACGACCUUUUGACAGGCGCAAAUACAGUGGACGAUCUACUUCAAAUAAAAAAGGAUAUAACGGAAUUACUAUCAAAAGGGGGUUUCGAAUUGCAUAAGUGGAACACCAACAUUCCACGUAUACUUGAAAAUAUUCAAUGCUCUAAUGUCUCUGUAGAUAUCGAUAAAGAAACAGAAUCCAAGUUAUUAGGAAUAUUGUGGAACCCGUUGACAGACACAUUUUAUUAUAGGACUAACGCGAUUUGGACCGAUAAUCGUGUAACAAAACGAAAUAUGCUUUCUCAAGUAUGUAAAUUGUUCGACCCACUAGGUUUAGUGGGACCCGUGGUAACGAUGGCCAAAAUAUUAGUACAAAGUUUGUGGGCCCGGAGGGUGCAGUGGGAUGAGUCAGUCCCAAUGGACAUUUUUAAGUCCUGGCAUCAAAUAAGAUCACAAUUAAAAGUUCUAAAUACACUAGAAAUCCCGAGAGCGUUAAUUUCAGAAAGCACAGAUCUACAAGUACAAAUUCACGGAUUUAGUGACGCAAGUAAAAAAGCUUAUGGGGCAUGCGUAUACUUAAGAAGAAAAGAUAUAAAAAAUAAUGUAAACAUUACCCUAAUCUGUUCUAAAUCACGCGUAGCACCACUAAAGUCGUUAUCGUUACCGCGCUUAGAAUUAUGUGGUGCCACACUUUUAAUAAGCUUAAUGAACCGUGUAUUAGCCAGCUUGAACGUGAAAGUACAUGAAAAAUACCUUUGGACAGAUUCCAAAAUAGUGUUAGCAUGGAUAAAUUCGCCGGCGCACAGAUGGCAAGUUUUCGUAGCAAAUAGAGUUAGUGAAAUACAAAAUAGUUCUUCACCUUCUGAAUGGCAGCACGUAGGAUCGAAAGAAAAUCCUGCNGAUUUGAUUUCGAGGGGAGUCACACCAGAGCAAUUAAAACAGUCUUCUUUAUGGUGGGAAGGGCCUCACUGGUUAAAAGCGAGCGAAAGUACGUGGCCAAGGGAAGGUAAAGAAUUAUUAUUAGAAAACGUACCUGAGAAACGUAAAAGCGUUGUGAUUGCUACGGCUGUGAUAACUGAACCGAUACUAGAUUGUAAGAGAUAUUCGUCUUUGUAUAAGUUAUUUUGUGUAGUAGCUUAUGUAAGAAGAUUCGNACAUAANACAAGANGUGACGCUGUAGAACGCAGAANGGGACCUAUAGNGUUACAGGANAUUGAAGAUGCAAAGAAAAUAGUAAUCAAAAUNAUCCAANUUGANGAAUUUGAAGAAGAUAUAAAGCUNAUAAAACNUGGANNGAACGUCAGUNGUAAAUCGAGANUNNUNGCACUUAAUCCUUUUCUGGAUGAGGAAGGGAUACUACGAGUAGGAAGAAGAUUAAAGCAUGCGGCGUUACAAGAAACGUCCAAGAAUCCAGCCAUAUUACCGGCGACUCAUCAUUUUACAGCCCUGGUAAUAACACGUUAUCACAAAGAGCUGCUGCAUGCUGGAGUUCAAACAACCUUAAACGCCAUCAGAGAGAAGUUUUGGCCGAUUCUUGCGAAGAAUCAAAUUAAGAAGAUUAUUCGUAACUGUGUCAAUUGCCGGAAGGCAAAUCCUACACUGAUUCAUCAAAUUAUGGGUCAACUACCACCAGUAAGAGUUAAUGAAGCUCGACUAUUUUGUAAUACUGGGGUGGACUAUUGUGGUCAUUUCUACGUGCGCGACAGAAUACGUAAGAACAGCAAAAAGUACAAAUGUUAUGUAGCCCUAUUUAUUUGCAUGGCUACGAAGGCAAUACACAUUGAGCUGGUUGAAGAUUUAACUACGGAAUCGUUCAUAGCAGCAUUCACACGAUUUGUGGCACGAAGAGGAAAGGUAAGAAAUGUGUAUUCCGACAACGGCACAAACUUCGUUGGCGCCAAUCGAGAAUUUCAAGCACUGUAUCAAAGUNAGGAGUUCAAGAGGGACAUUUCGGAAUUCGCAACUGCUGANCAAAUCACUUGGCAUUUUAUACCAGCAAGAUCUCCCCAUUUUGGUGGCUUGUGGGAAUCAGCAGUUCGUUCUAUGAAGCGACAUCUAAAACGAACUGUAGGAGAUGCCUGCCUUACUGUAACGGAAAUGAUCACAGUAUUGACGCAGAUAGAGGCUAUACUAAACUCAAGACCGUUAACGCCGUUAUCAGAUGAUCCAACAGAUUUAAGAGCGUUAACGCCUGGACAUUUUAUAAUUGGAGAAAAUCUCAUGUCGGUUCCUGAAUUUGAUUUACGAGAAAUUAAGAUGAAUAGAUUAUCCAGAUGGCAGUAUGUAGAGCAAAUAAAACAGCACUUCUGGACUAGAUGGAAAAGGGAAUAUCUGUCAACUUGUCAGCAGAGAACCAAGUGGAAAACUGACACUCAUAAUAAAAUAAAAAUAGGACAGUUAGUUUUGUUAAAAGAGAGCGAUACGAUGCCUUUAAAAUGGACGCUAGCUAGGGUUGUUGAAAUACAUCCUGGUUCGGAUAAUAUUGUACGAGCGGUUACUGUGCGUAGUAAUAAAGGGACAUAUAAAAGGUCUAUUGUUAAUAUUUGUCCUUUAGUAGACGACUAA